UUGCGUUACCUGCCCAAGUCAUGAACUCUCUGGUGAGCCUCGCGAUCGUCUGCUUGGCGCUAUUGGCGUGCGUGUCAGCCGGUGGUGUUGGUCUCGGCUACGGCGGUGGGGGCCUCGGCUACGGCGGUGGGGGCCUUGGCGUCGGCAGCAGCGUGGUGUUGCUCAGAGGUGGUCCUGGAUUCGCCAAAGCUGUCGCCGGGCCGACCUUCCUCGUUAGCACGGUGCACCACGUCAGCAACGUGCACGGUGGCGGAGCAAUCGUCGCACAUAGUGGACUUGGUGGUUAUGGAGGAGGAUACGGCCUUGGCCACGGUAUCAAAUGGUAGUGGACAGCCUGCUCACAUAAACAGGGAAAUCACUGAAUUACUGCUCAGAAGUUAAAGGCUUAAUUGGUUGCGCUCGACGCAAACAUCAUGACCUGACCUUGCAAUAAACCAUAUUACCAAGCUUUACUGAGUGAUGUAAAUAAAGUGUUUCGAUGUG